CCUACGCACCGCGGCGUGGAGCAGGGUAUGUAAGCAAGCAUGUGAGCGGUGUACUGUGGCCAGGGCUGAUCAGGAUGGAAAUUGAUGCCCGCUUCCGCUACUACUUCCAGCACCCCUGGUCUCGCCUGAUCGUGGCCUACCUGGUCACCUUCUUCAACUUCCUCGUCUUCGCCGAGGACCCCAUCUCACACAGCCAGACGGAGGCACACAUGAUCGUGGUGGGCAACUGCUUCUCCUUCAUCGUGAACAAGUACCCCGGCGGCGGAUGGAAUGUCCUCAAAGUCAUCAUGUGGCUGCUGGCCAUCAUCACUGGCCUGUUUGUGGGAAAGUUCUUCUUUCACAGACGGCUGUUUGGUCGAUACCUACGUCUGAAGAUGUUCCGGGAGGACCACGGCUCCUGGAUGACCAUGUUCUUCAGCACCAUCCUCUUCCUCUUUAUCUUCUCCCACAUCUACAAUCUGCUGUUGCUGAUGACGGGCGGCAUGGGUCCACACAUGGUGACAGAGUACAUGGGCAUCAGGAAUGAGAGUUUCAUGAAGAUCGCUGCAGUGGGCACAUGGAUGGGAGACUUUGUCACAGCCUGGAUGGUGACGGAUAUGAUGCUUCAAGAUGAGCUGUACCCAGACUGGGGCAAAGCAGCCAGAAGAUUCUGGAAAAAAGGGAACAACAGAAUAGUCCUCUUCUGGACGGUGCUGAUUUCCCUGACGUCGGUGGUGGUGCUGGUCAUCAGCACAGACUGGAUCAGCUGGGACAACCUGAACCGCGGCUUCCUGCCCAGCGAUGAGGUGUCGCGCGCCUUCCUCGCCUCCUUCAUCCUGGUCUUUGACCUUCUCAUUGUCAUGCAGGACUGGGAAUUUCCACACUUUAUGGGUGACCUGGACAUGAAUCUUCCAGGAAUGCCCACCACUCAUGUCAAAGUGAGACUUCCUGUUUGCAAGAAGUUCUUUAAGGACGAGUAUCACAUCCACAUAACAGGCAAAUGGUUUAAUUAUGGGAUCAUCUUCCUGGUUCUGAUUCUGGAUCUCAACAUGUGGAAGAACCAGAUCUUCUACAAGCCCUACGAGUACGGGCAGUACGUGGGCCCCGGCGAGAAGAUCUUCACCGUGGAGGAGCCGGAGACGCUGGUCCACUUCAACCGCAGCACGCUGACCUACGCGUGGCGCGCCCGCAACCCGGACCCGCGCACCAACCGCUCGUACAUCCACAGCGACAUGUUCCUGCACAGCCGCUACGUGGGCGCCAGCCUGGACGUCAAGUGCCUGGCCUUCGUGCCCAGCCUGGCCGCCUUCGGCCUGUUCGGCUUCUUCAUCUGGCUGCUGGGCCGUUUCCAGGACAGCGAGACCUUCCCGGAGAGCCAGGACGCCAAGACGUACGAGCGCAUCAAGCGCAAGUCGCCGUCCGACCUGGGCGUCACGCCCGAGGACGUGCGCCUGUCCAUGAGCGAGUCGCUCAAGCGCAGCGGCACGCCCAUGCUGCUGUCGGUGGACGCGCGCCACCACUUCGGCUCGUCCAACAACUCCAUCUCGCCGUGCUCCAACGACACGCAGGAGACGCAGCCCAGCGUCGCCGCCGCCGACUGCACCGUGCCGGCGCCCACCAUCGAGGAGGAGUCGGCCACCUCGGACGUCAGCAAAUCGUCGCCUUGACCUCGCCGCGGAACCUGUUUGCCGGGGUAGGCAGUGGCGGCAUGGAUGCCAACACGCCAGAGCGGCAUCCGUUAGCAGAGUCGACAGUCUCCCUUCUGUGGCUCUUUUGCUAGAGUCUUCUUUUCUCUGCCUUGGCACAGCCUGUUAGCCGGGGCGGUCACUGGAGAGCUUAUCCUUCGCUAGGUAGCUCCACACAAGGAACAGAGACCUGAGCUGAGUCUCAGGGGACAUUGAUGCAUCUCUUUCCUCCCACUGAAGAUGUCUUUAAGCACCCACAAACCCUGGCUGUUUUAUUUUGGUUUUCUAUACCUGAGAAAAAAAAGACUCUUUGUUUUCUAUACCUUGGAGAAAAAACUCAUUGUACAUGGCGCCAAGUCUGUGGGAAAAACAAAAAAAAACAAUUCCUUGGCCUGAAGAAGUGGUGCUUUACAUUUACAUUUUGUAAGUCGGUAUAUCUUUUUU